AUGUUAAAAGAUAACUAUAUUGUUAUAUCAUUCGUUGUAAAAACUUGGUUACCUAAAAAUAAUUUAAUUAUCAAAUUAUACAUACAUCAAUUUUUUAUUCUGAAUUUAAAAAUGAGUCCUAACAACAAUUGCAAUACAAAAAUUUUAAUUUCUAAUGCUGUUACACAUCAAUCUACCACAUUAGAGAAACCAUUAAUUAGAAGUUCAGUAGAGUUGAAUGAAAAACAAUUUGAAAAGUUAAAAGCUGUCAUGAGAUAUAAAGUUGAAAUUCAUGGAAAAGAUUCUUUUCCUACUAUUGAGGUUGAACUUCAUAAAUUGAUCAAAUGUGUUAGACGAAAAUUAAAGGAAAAUAAUAUUUAUUUAAAGUAUGUAAAAAUGAAUGGUGGUGCAGCUAGUUAUGUUUUGGCGGAGGAAGAUUUUCUUUAUGCUGAUCUUGAUCUUAUAUUUGCAUUAGAUUUUUCAAAACCAGAAACUUUUGAUAAAGUAAAGACAUCUGUUUUUGAUGCAUUAAUAGAAAUGAUGCCGAGAACGAUAAACAAAGAUAAUUUACAUGAAGAUAUUUUAAAAGAUAUAUAUAUUAGUAAAAUGGUAAAAGUUGAUGAAAAAGAUAAAUGGUCAUUAUUUUCACUUUACAAUAAUGUUGGAAAGUGUAUUGAGUUAAAAUUUGUUGAUAGUAUGCAUAGACAAUUUGAAUUUUCUGUUGACUCAUUUCAAAUAACUCUUGAUUCAAUGUUAGUUGGAGAUAAAAUAGAAAAAUGCAGUGAGAAAGUAAUAGCUGAAUCAAUGUAUGGUGAUAUUGAUUUAGCUCUUUAUCAUCUUAAUAAUGGACUUAUUGAAACCAGGAGUCCUGAAGAAAUUAGAGGUGGUGGUUUAUUAAAGUAUUGUUAUUUAUUAUGUCGUGGAAAUAAAGCAACAGAGGAUUGUAAAAGACUUGAAAAAUAUAUGUGUUCAAGAUUUUUUAUAGAUUUUCCAGAUGUUCAAUCACAACAACUUAAACUUAUCCAAUAUGUUGACAAUCAUUUUAAUGAUGUUGAUGAGAAUAUCUUUUCUUAUCUUGAUAUUUUAUAUCAAGUUAUCCUCAAUUCUACUGUCUGCUUAAUGGUAUAUGAUCGUAAAGUAACAUUAAGUAUGAUAAAAAAUUUAAAAAACUAUUAUAAAUAUAGUUACGGAAUGUCAGCAAAAGGAUAUUGUGAACAUAAUCCUCGAUCAAAAAUAAUGUAUAUUCCUAAUAAUGGAACAGCAAAUUAUUGGAUAGCUGUUGAAUAG